ACUUUUCAGAAAACAAACAGUCGGUUUGGUUGCUUCGUGCUCGUGCUUGCCCUCGUGUUAACUCUUAACUGUUAAGAUUAUAAAAACAAAAAUAAUGAAUUGUUCUGAAAUUGAUCAAGCUGCCGAAGCUGCUAAAAUGAUGGCCGAAUUUUGUGAGGAACUAGUUUACUUGGAGACCUUGAUUGAAGAAGCAGUAGCUACAUUAAAAGUAGACAACGGUUUUUGGAAGAUACGAGCAAUGUUGUCUGAGUUGCGCAAAGCAUUUGAUUCCAUCCAGAAACCUAAUAGUGAAUGUCUGGAAGAACAACUACAUUUUGAAAAGAAGUUGAUUUACUACUUGAGAGAAGAAACCACUGAAUCAACAACGAUUGAUGCAGUCUGCACAUGGAUUGAUAUUGAAGUUUCCAAAUCCAAGGUUUCUCUUCUUCCUGCCUUGGUUUCUGCAGUGAUGCUCAGCUCUUUUGUCAGAAGCACGGAGAAUGAAAUUUCCUCGCUGAGUUUUUUUGUCACCUUUCGUCGAUGGGCACCUUUAUUGCAUAGAUACUUCACUAAAGUAGAUGUAGCUGCCUGCCAGAUUCUGAUCUUUUUCAUCCAGGAUUUUCUCAGUUCAUCCCAUCAAAAAAAUACUAAAGCAUUGCUAUCUGGAAUCCUUGAUGUCCUGUGUGAAAAUGAGAAGUUUUUUUCUUUUAUUACCGGAGAAAACAGAAAAAAUGGCAUGAUGUACUUACUGACUGUGUUGUCUUCCUGAAAUUUCUCAAUGAGAAGCUUAAUGUCAUUCGCAGAGAUCUUGUCAGGUUGAUGAUUGUUCCCGCCCUUAACAUUAAUGUCAAAUUUUAGUUUAUGAAGCCGUAGUUCCAUUUGCUUACAUACAUUGUUUCACUAUUAACUCAAAAUUGUCGAAAUCUAGAAUUUCAAUACAUUAGAGUUAUCUGUGUAAAGUUAAUAACGGUUCGAAGUAGGCAAUAAAUGAAUAGUGUUAAUGGCA